CAUACCACAAUAAUCUACACAUCUGAGCGAAGAACUUUGCCAUGAGUAUAUUGCCACUUUUAUUCAAAGAAAAUUAAGUAAAUGAAAUUGAUGUUAACUAGAGGACUGGAGUUGUGUGGAUUACUUGUAGACUGUUUGGGUUCUGGAUGGCACCUAUUCACUGCAGAGGAUCCAUUGGUAUUGUCAAAGAUGAGAGUGCUGGAGGCACUAGGUGUUGUAGUUUUUGUGACUCUAACACAGAUAUGGACCACUCAGGCACAAGAAUGCACCAUCAUUUCUAUAAGCUCUCCUACGGCUUCAUCGCUGUUGGUUCAAUGGAACAGACUACAGGGAAUAACAAAUUAUUUUUUGGAUCUUCGGGUUGUGAACGACUCAGCCACCAGUCCAGUUGUAGUGUCGGUCCCCGGAAGUGUGCAGAUGAAAGAGGUCUUUGGUUUGAAGACGGGGACGUGGUACAGAGUCGUACUUAAAGGGUUUCUGAAUUAUAAUGUUUUGUGUACGGAUGUAAGAUUAGCAUUAACAGCACCGGGCACAUCUCAGAUAACAUAUUGGAAAGCAUUAUCAAGUACAGUCAUUUCACUAGAAUGGGACUUGGUGCAAACAGCGCAACAAUACUUUUUGUUCAUAAAUUCAACAGUGACUGGGGAACGUUACAACAUGUCUUUUACAAACAAUAGUGCAAUGAUUGGAAAUCUUCGACAGGCAACUACAUAUGAUUGUUAUGUGGUCACAUCUAAUGCUGGAGGUCUCGGAACAAGAAGCAGAGUACGGACUGUUACCACAUUGAUACAGCCUCCAGCGGUGAUUACAGCACUACAAACUACGCCCCAGUCUGCCCGCAUCAGUUGGCAACCUGUGGACAAGGUUCUAGUCUACCAAGUUACGGUCAAGAAUUGGAAAUCUCUAAACACUACAUUAUAUUCAAACACUGUGUUUGGCACCACAUUAGAUGUCCAGAAUAUUUUACCCUGUUCGUCAUACCAAAUCUCAGUGUCUUCACUUAAUGCGCUCUUGGAACCUGGAGAACCCAGGCAGGUCAACUAUACCACAAACACUCUGGGUCCAGUGGCAUCGGUCUCAGUGAGCUACACCUGUGCUAGUGCAUCUGCUGUGGUCUCCUGGACAGGAGUGUUUGGAGCCACUACCUACCGUGCCACUGCCGUAGGUCAUCGCACCGGUACAGUUCUGUCUUGUACCUCGAACACUACACAGUGCCAAAUCAGAAAUCUAGCAUGUGGGGAGAACUACAUGGUACAAGUCACAGCCCUUUCCGACAACUGUGAGAGCACCGGCAACGCCACCACAUCCUUCCAAACAGUUCCCUGCGCCCCAUCUGAUCUGAUGCUGUAUCGGGAGUGCAGCAGCAAUGUUAUUGUCUUUUCUUGGGCUCCAAACAAUUACUCAGCUUAUUACUAUGCGAGAGGCGUGGACUCCACUGGCAAGGUAAUGGAAUGUAUAACCACGGAAAAAUCCUGCUUCUUUACCGACACCACGUGUGGGCGCCUUUACAAUUUCACCGUCUCUGGUUCUUCAUCGUCGGUUAGAGAGCAGUGUAGCACUGCAACCAGUUCAACAAUGCAAAUCCGAACAGCACCCUGCCAAGCAACGAACAUGCGCUCAUCAGCGGACUGUAAGACAGGUCUUCUGACCAGCAGCUGGGAAGGUGCAGAUGGAGCACUGCGGUACAUCGUGGAGGCCUUUGGUAACCGUGGAAAUCAGAGCCACUAUAUGUGUAGCUCACUGACGCAGAGCUGCACAAUCUCCGACAUAAACUGUGGAGAAAGCCUUACCAUGAUAAUCACUGCUGCGGACAAUGAGUGCUCCAGCGUUCUGUCUCUGGGAGAAAUUGGUCAGACUGCCCCCUGUGCACCUCAAAAUGUUUCUGCAGUGAAGGACUGCAGCUCAGAUUCUAUCAGUCUGACAUGGGAGUCUUCAUCUGGUGCUUUUUUCUACUUCGCCACGGCGGUGGAUGAAUUUGGGAGUGCUCACACUUGUACCACAACAGAAACACAUUGCAAGAUCAGCGGGGUCCGCUGCGGAUCCAUAUACAAUGCCUCUGUGAUUGCAUCCAACAACUGCAACAGCUCUGUCAGUGACCUCAUCAGUGUAGAAACAGCUCCCUGUCCCCCUGGGAGCGUAGAGGCUCUUCUGGACUGCAACGAAAACCAGGCAUUGGUGAGCUGGCUGGGAACUCGGAGUAUGAUAUCCUUCACUGCCACUAUGGAGGAUCAGCUUGGCGGUCUUCUCAGCUGCAGUACCACUGCCAACAGCUGCCGGAUCCCCGACUUGAAGUGCGGCCAAGUUUACGACAUUAGUGUCACUUACCAUGAUGGAAUCUGUCCCAGUAUGCCUUCCCAUGCCAUACAAAUGAAGUCUGUGCCAUGUGGUCCAACAAAUGUUCGGGCUGAGGUGCAGUGCCCCUCAGGUGUUCUCUUACUCAGCUGGGACAGAACAGAAGAUGCUGAGGGUUAUAUCGCCACUACAGUCUCCAAGACCUCUGGAGAGCUGGUUUACUGUAACUCUUCCCUGCCUUCCUGUAAUGUGAGCAGUCUGCAGUGUGGCGAUUCAUACUCUGUACAGGUCAGGUCAUACAACGGCUCCUGUCUGAGCAUGCUAAGUUCACCUCUAGUAGUCGGAGAGGUGCCUUGUGUGCCCACUAAUGUGACAGCUAGACGGACCUGUGGCAACAGCACAGUGGAGGUAUCUUGGAAAGCAAGCCGUGGCACUCAGUCCUACGUUGCUUUUGCUGUGGGUGAUGAUGGGCAUCGUACAAAGUGUACCUCCAACACAACAACAUGUAGCAUCCCUGACCUGCACUGUAGCAGUGUGUACUCCAUUAGCUUGGUAGCUGUAAAUGGCAACUGCUCCAGUCGGGAGAGUCAGAGUGUUACCCUGCACACAGUUCCCUGCCCACCAACUAAUGUCCAGAGCACUAUGAAUUGCAACACCAGCUCCGCCACUCUGUCCUGGACUGCCAGUCCUAAUGCUGUGUCCUACAGAGGCAGGGCUUUAGGCGGAGACGGCCACACUGUGACGUGUGAUGCCACAACUCCAGGGUGCCAGUUAAACGGCCUGCACUGUGGACAGGAGUAUGUGUUUGUCAUAACUGCCUCUGAUGGAAGCUGUGAAAGUCCAGACAGCGCCAAGAACAGACACGAGACAGCACCGUGUGCGCCUCAGAGUGUGUCAACAUUCCUGGACUGUGCCUCUAACAGUCUGAACAUAAGCUGGGCUCUCGGUCUCACAAAUCUAAACUACACCGCCCUUGCCAGGACUACAGGUGCUGUGCUCAGCUGUACCACAGUGAGCUCUGGUUGUAUCAUCACUGGUCUGGAAUGCGGUAAGAACUACACCGCUGUCGUCACAGCAAACAACAGAGAGUGUCAAGGGCCAGAGAGCGUGCCCCGUCCUGUCCAAACAGUUCCGUGUAUGCCCACGUCAGUCCGUGCCAAUGUGGAGUGUGUGAGUAACACAGUGAGGGCAUCAUGGGGUCCGGCAGCUGGAGCUUUGUCCUACACUGGUGUUCUGACCGGCCUGGGCCAUUACAAUGAAUCCUGCCUGACCUCUGGCCUCUCCUGCUCCUUCAGGGGCCUGACCUGUGCACAAACAUACAAGCUAAAUGUCAUCUCUUACGGCAGCCAAUGCAACAGCCCAGUCAGCCCAGACGUCUCUGUCACAACAGCUCCCUGUGACCCUCAGAGCAUGACUGCAGUGCUCAAGUGUGACUCUCGUACAGUAAAUGUGUCAUGGCAUGCUGCUUCUGGUGCCAGCAUGUACACUGUCUUGGCACAAAUACAGAAUCAGAGCAUUCCUUCCUCUUCCUGUCAUACCUCGGCCACUUCCUGCGACCUCACACAAAUCCCCUGCGGGGAGGUUUUUAAUAUCACAGUGCUUGCUGAUGACGGAACCUGCAACAGCUCAGCACGGGCCAGCACUACACUGGAAUCGGCACCAUGUCCUCCGACAAUGAGGCCUCCUUCACUGAACUGCAGCACUAAUGCAGCCCUGGUGUCCUGGGUGAAGGACCCAGAUGCUGUGAGCGUCCGUGUCAAUGCCACCUCUGUCCUGGGACACACUGCCUCCUGCAGCUCUUCCGCAAACAACUGUUCCCUGGAUGCCUUGCUAUGUGGUCAGACGUACAGUGUGUAUGGUGUGGCCCAGGGCCCUCAGUGUGAGAGUGCACCUAGUGCUCCAUUCACCAUUGUCACAACCCCCUGCACCCCUGCUAAAGUGAGUGCCAACUACAGCUGCGGCACCAGCACAGAGCUGAGCUGGACUGACAGUCUGGGCCGAGAGAGCUUUUAUGUGCUUGUGCAGACAAAUGGUCACUCAGACUCCUGCAGCACAGUCCAAACCCACUGCUCCAUCAAUUCGCUGAAGUGCGGAAGUCUUUAUAAUGUCUCUGUGGAAGCAAUUUCUGGACACUGCAACAGCAGCCGUGCAGCUAACAUGCAGCUACAGACAGCUCCUUGUGCUCCAAAGAAUGUGACUGUAAGACUACAAUGUUUGAACAACACCGCCGUUGUGUCUUGGGAGGGAAGUACUGGUGCUGUGGGCUAUAAUGUCACCGCUGUGGGCCAGGAUGGUGAUAUCAAGCACAGUACCGUCACUGGCACCAGUUGUCAGCUACCCAACAUGCACUGUGGUCAGACCUAUGACAUUGUAAUCACACCCUUCUCUCAGACGUGUGCUGGGUUCCCGACUGCUCCCUACACUUUCAAUGCAGGUUCUUGUCCUGCCAGAGAUGUUCAAGUUUCUCUACAAUGCAGUGGUAAUGUGGGACUUGUCCAAUGGACUGCCGCCAAGUAUGCUGAAAGUUACAUUGCCUUGGCAACGGGUAUGGAUGGCCACACCCACACUUGCACCUCCAGUAACACCAGCUGCACCUUUAGUGAUCUGCACUGUGGUGAGAACUACACCGUUACGGUGGCUACGGUGGAACGUGGCUGCCAGAGUCCAUCCAGCACACCGGUCAAUCUAAGAUCAGCUAUCUGCCCACCCUCAAAUCUGGCCGGUCACACCAACUGUGCUACGGAUGACAUCAGCAUUACAUGGGACCCCAGCCCAGAGUCUGGAGUCACUUACUUCCUGUUCAUCCGUCAGGUGGAUGGGCUGAACUCCACCUUCAGUACUUUGCAAACAUCACAUGUUCUAACAGGGUUGCACUGCGGAAUGAGCUUCAUCGUACAAGCGGCUGCUAAGGACAGCACCUGCACCAGUCCAUACGGAAGCCCAAAACAGAUCUACACGGCUCCCUGUCCACCCAGUAGCCUGACAGCUGCUGCUAGCUGUGGCACAAACAGAGUCACCAUCAGCUGGCUAAAUGGCACAGGGGCACACUCCUAUACUGCCAGUGUGGUGAGAAACAAUGGACAAACUGUUUCCUGUACAUCCAACACCACUUCCUGUUCUGUGAAAGUUGAAUGUGGACUUACAUAUACAGCCUCUGUGGUUUCUACAGUUGGCCUCUGCAACAGCACCGCUAACAACAGCAUCCAUUUUAAAUCGGCGGAUUGCCUGCCUAGUAAUGUGAUAGCGCAUUUAGACUGCAAUUCUGACAUGCUAGCUGUACAGUGGGACCCCAGUGCAAACACUCCUGACUCCUAUACAGCCCUGGCUAUCGGUACGGAUGGCACUCGGCUUUCCUGUAACACAAGCACUACCUCCUGUACCAUUCAGAACUUAAGAUGCGGCCGCACAUAUAGCAUUGCUGUAACCACAUCCAACAUUAACUGCGGAGUCAUUGAGGGUUCAGACUACAAAAUCAAGACAGCCCCCUGUCAACCACAGAGCCCAACUGUUCAUCUACAGUGCAGCACUAACAUCGCUACAGUAACAUGGGACAAUGAUGGAGCAGAUCAGUUUGACAUGGUGACUGCACUCAACUUUACCGGUGGUGCGACGGUGUGCAACAGCACAAACAGGUCUUGCACGUUUGCAAAGCUACGAUGUGGUGAGUCGUACUCACUCAGUGUGGUUGGAUUCAACGGAAACUGCACCAGUGAACCCAGUGAAAGCUUCAGUCUCAACACAGCUCCCUGUGUGCCUACUUUUGUUGUUGCAACCACUAACUGCGACACAUCCAUCACCACUGUAACCUGGGAUUCUGCCAGUGGUGCAAGCAGUUACACUGUUAAUGCUGUGAGCCUCUGGGGACACAACAGCACAUGUACAAACACAGAUACCACCUGCUCUUUCUCAGACCUAGACUGCGGACAGAACUACACUUUAACAGUCACAGCUGAAGAUGACAACUGCAUGAGCCUCACCAGUGAACCCAUCACUGUCACAACAGUUCCAUGUCCACACACUGAUCUACAAGCAACUCUGAACUGUAGCACUGACUCUGCGCUGAUCUCAUGGACACCCGGUAGGGGCAAUCUGAUUUAUAACGCUACUGCCGAGGGCUUUGAUGUAAAUCAGAAAGUCAGCUGCAGUACACCUGGCUCUGCCUGCAAUGUCAGCAAUCUCCACUGUGGCAGCAUUUACCAAGUCAGUGUGAGUGGGGAAGGGCUCACCUGCCCCAGCCAGUCAGAUGAUUGGAUUGCCCUCAAGUCAGCACCAUGUCCACCCACUCAGGUGUCCAUUCAGUCAUCCUGUGACAUAGACACUGUGUCCGUUUCCUGGGAGACCUCUCAGGGCUCAGUGUCCUACAUGGCUAUUGCUGAGAGCAGCGGAGGUCAUAGGGUGACUUGCGGCACCACCCAGCUCACCUGUGAUAUUACAGGCCUGCAGUGUGGGCAGACUUAUCAAAUUUAUGUUUCUGGUGUGGAUGGCAACUGUAUUGGAUCCAGAAGUGAAGUCCGCAUUCUCGAAACAGCCCCUUGUGUGCCUCAGAACGUGCAGACUAUCCUGGAAUGUCAAGCUACUGUUCUCAAUGUUACCUGGCAACAGACAGGUCAAGCCCAUUACUACCACACCACAGUGAGAAGCAGCGAUGGUCAAGUGCUAGGGUACGACUCUAAUACAACCUUCUGCCAAGUUCCCAACAUCCUUUGCGGACUGACUUACAGCGUUACGGUGGUAGCCUAUAGCCAAACUUGCAACAGUUCCCAAAGUUCUGUGGAACAUAUCACCUCAGCCCCUUGCCCACCAGAUGCUAUCUUUGCCGUCUUGGACUGUGAUUUAAACACAGUGUCUGUGUCCUGGGACUCAAGUGUAAAUGGUGUCCUCUACAUCGCACAGGCCUUUUACGCCAAUAACGACAAUGAUUACUACAUGUGUAACACCACAGAAACCAGUUGUGAUAUCACUGUGGCCUGUGGCAUGGAUUAUAAUGUGACUGUAGUGCCAUUAAGGGAUGGUUGCACUGGGGAGAAUUCACCAGUUCAGUAUGUUAUGGCAGCUCCUUGCGUUCCCCUCAUGUUGGAUGCUGAAAUGGACUGCCUGUCUGAUUCGGCUUGGCUGGCAUGGGAAGAGUCAGCAGGGGCAGAGCUCUACAUCACCACAGCAACUGACAGUGAUGGACAGGUGUACCAGUGUAACUCAACUGAGAACCAGUGUACAGUUGAACAGCUACAGUGUGGAAGAUUCUACAACUUUAGUGUCACUGCAUCUAACAGUCAAUGUGACAGCCCCAUGAGCAACACUUUGCAGACCGAGACAGCCCCUUGUCCACCACAGAAUGUGAUCACGUCUGUGGGGUGUGACACUGGUACGGUGAGUGUGUUGUGGGAUGAGAGUGUUGGUGCAUUAAGCUACACUGCCACUUUGGAGCGUACAGAUGGAGAGACCACCUGCUGCACGGCAAGCUCCACUUCCUGUGAGGUCACUUCCCUUCCCUGUGGCCAGAUGUAUGUCCUGACAGUCACUGCUGAGGGAAGGAUAUGCAACAGCUCACAGAGCCUUGAGGUCAUCGUACGGUCAGUUCCCUGUAUUCCGGAGAGUCUGGUGUCCAGUACUAGCUGCAGUGAUAAUGUAGUCACCAUGUCAUGGUUGAGCAAGGAAGCUGGUGAGCUCUAUACAGUCCAGGCCUUAAGUGCUGAUGGGUUAUUCUCCGACAGCUGCUCAGGGUUUGGUCAGUCAUGUGAUCUCACAUCGCUGAUGUGUGGUGUGCCAUACACUGCCACAGUAAUGGCACAGGACAGCAUCUGCACAAGCCCGCCAAGUCAAGCUGCUCCAAUCAGGACAGUGCCCUGUGUGCCGGAUCAGGUGACUGCUAAUGUGAGCUGCCAAGGGAACGACCUGUCUGUGUUCUGGGAGGAGAGUGCAGGAGCAGACGUAUAUACGGCUGUGCUUGAGGACACUAAUGGCCAUUUCACCAGCUGUCAGAGCAUGAACCACACCACCUGUACAGUUAACAGACUUGCCUGUGGACAAACCUACCGUGUCAGUGUGAUAGCAUCAGACGGAUACUGUGAUAGCUUGCCCAGUGCCGUCACUGAUGUUAAUUCAGCUCCUUGCAUGCCUCAUAACAUCCAGGCACUAAUAGACUGCCAGUCUGGUACAGCUGUACUUUCAUGGCAGCCAGGCAGUGGGGCAAUGCAAUACACAGCCACAGCAGUAAGUGAAUCUGGCCAUGUGCUAAGCUGUGAAAACAACGAUACUAACUGUGAGCUGACAGGACUGGCCUGCGGUGAGAGCUACAACAUUACUGUGUUAGCCGAAGGACAGACCUGUAGCAGCAGUGCUACCAUGACUGGACACCUGAAUACAGGUCCUUGUGCACCUCAGAAUGUUGAAGUGCAAUAUGACCUGUCUAUUGGCCAGCUGUCAUGGGAUAGAAGUAGAGGUGCUUCCAUGUACACAGCGCAGGCUGCCACUGAUCUGGGAUCAGUACUGUCCUGCUCCACCAGUGACACCUCCUGUGCCCUCUAUAAUGUGUCCUGCAGUCAGACAUAUGACAUCACAGUGACAGCACACAACAACGUCUGCAGAGGAGCUGCUGUGUCUACAUCAACUACUCUAAACACAGAACCCUGCCCACCCCAGAAUGUGCAAACCCAUCUGAAUUGCAGAAGUGAUGUCGGGACUGUGUCGUGGGAGGAAAGUUUUGGGGCAGUGGCAUACGUGGCUUUCCUGGAGGGUCGCAAUGGACACAGUCUGUCCUGCUACACAACUAGCUCCAGCUGCAGUGUGACGGGGUUGAUCUGUGGAACGGUUUACAACACUCAUGUACGUGCCAUUGGAGAAACUUACAACAGCACAGACAGCGAGACAGUCCUCUUCACAUCAGCCCCCUGUCCACCAGUUUCCAGUUCAGUCACUGCUGACGUAAACUGUGAGAAUGCCACAGCAUUGUUCAGCUGGGCCUGGAGCGGUGGAGCAGCAUCCUAUGAGCUCACUGCUAUCAGUAACAAUGGCUACAUCGCCUCCUGCAUUUCCCAAGAGAAUUUCUGUAAUAUCACUGAUCUUGCCUGCGGACAGACUUACACAGUCAGGCUCACAGCAAUUAAUGAUGAAUGUGAGGUUACUCAGGAGACAGGAGUGACCUUCCAAACACGUCCUUGUGCUCCCUUGCAUGUGAACGUGAACCUUCAGUGCAAGCCUAGCACAGCCAUAGUGACUUGGGAACAAAGGGAUGAUGUGCAAUACUACCUUGUUAGCGCCACCCUCAGCACAGGAAAAGCAGAUGCAGUUUGUAACUCUACAUCUGACAGCUGUGAAAUGAGUGGGUUGCAAUGUGGAGAGGAGUACGCCUUCACCGUCACUGCCUACAGUAGUCACUGCCAUAGUGAUGUCAGCAGCACUGUACACAUUUCAACAGAACCUUGUCAACCAACUCAACCAACAGUUUUAGGAUCUUGUGAUAACAACACAGUUCUCUUGAACUGGAAUCACAGCAGAGGUGCAUCAAGUUACACAGUGCAUAUAACAAGCAAUCUAGGAUACGCUGACUCCUACCAGACAUCUGAAUCUAUGCUAACAGUGGAGCUUCUUUGCGGACAGACCUACACCUUCACAACAACGGGGGAAAAUGAUGUCUGUGACAGCAUACCAAGUGAUCCUGCGCAUUAUACGACUGCCCCAUGUGUGCCGUACCACAUUCAGACCUAUGCAGAGUGUGAGAAUAACAUUGGAGCUGUCAGCUGGGCUGGUAGUGAUGGCGCAGAUAUUUACACUGCCAUUGCCAUAGGACAGGAUAACCACACACACGUCUGCAUAACAAACACAACAUACUGUGUCUGGGAGGAACUGCACUGUGGAGAAAUUUACUUUGUCCAAGUAGUCGCCAAUGCCCAAAUCUGCAACAGUAUGCCUAGUGAUGGCACAGUCAUCCACAUGGCUCCAUGUAUCCCUCGAAAACUGGUGUCCUCUUUCGACUGUAACAUGAAAGUGGUUUCCCUCACCUGGGAAGCAAGUGAAAAUGCUCAGAUGUACCUAGUGUCUGCAGAGUCUGACAGCGGUCACCAGGUGGAACUCUCCACCAAUACCACAAGUGCACAGUUCUCUGAGUUCAACUGUGGUCAGUCGUACUAUUUGAGUGUGCAAGCUGUGGGAAAUGUAUGUCGGAGCCACCCCAGUAAUGUUUCAGUACUGCAGACAGAACCCUGUACUCCCACAUCGGUCAUUGGCUUUACGGACUGCAUUUCCAACAUUGCUACUGUAUCCUGGGAGCCAGCUGAGGGUGCAGAAUACUACACAGCGACAGUGCAUGGCCCAGAUGAGCCUUUGGGAACAUGCAUGUCCUGGUCUUCGAGCUGUGGCAUGCCAAAACUGUCCUGCGGUGAAACAUACAAUGUUAGCGUGAUUGCCUCCAGUCGCCAUUGUAACUCAACACCCAGCGUGCUGAGCCCUCUUAACUCAGUGCCCUGUGUUCCUACAGGUGUGUCUGUGGCACUAGACUGUAUCACUGCUGAGGCACAUGUGUCUUGGAAUGCAAGCAUGGGGGCGCUGUACUACAUUGCUUAUGCCUGGAGCAGUACAUUCAAUUUCAUGUCCUGUGAGAGCUCUGGGCCUCUUACACACUGCACUCUUAGAGAUCUCAUCUGUGGAGAAAAUUACACUAUUCAGGUGAUUGCUGUUGGAGAUGAAUGUUCCAGUUUGCCCAGUCAGGCAGAAAACUUCCGCACAGUUCCCUGUGCCCCGGAGGUUACUGCUACGCACCUGGACUGCCACACUGACUCUGUACUGCUGCAGUGGAGUCCCACUGGUGGGUCUAUUUCCUACACUGCUAAUGCCAGGACACCGGAGGGUCUGGUCUCCACCUGCUCCAGCAACUCCACUAACUGUGAACUAAGGGGACUAGCCUGUGGACAAACAUACAAUGUUACUAUUAUAUCAUAUGAUGGACGUUGUCACAGCAUGCCUAGCACAGCCCUGGCAGUGGCAUCGGUACCCUGCCCACCUGAGAAUGUGAAGUCAAAUUUGCUCUGUUCUUCAAACUCUGCCCAUGUGCAGUGGAAUCCUGGGGCUGGGGCAGAAUCAUAUGAGGUGCAUGCCAUUAACACAGGCGGCCAGAUGACAUUAUGUGACAGCACAAAUACUUCCUGUGUUAUCCCUAACCUUGUAUGCGGUUCCAUUUACAAUAUCAGUGUGCUUGCCAUUGGCCACCACUGUAAUGUUUCAAGGAGUGAGAUCACAACACUGCAUUCAGUGCCAUGUGUCCCCAACCAGAUUCAGGCAAACCUGAGCUGUGGAUCCGGUGUGGUUGAUGUGUCCUGGCAGCCUAGCCAAGGCGCUUUCUCGUACACUGUUCUUGCUCAUGGGAGCGGGGGGUUUGCAUCUUCAUGCAACAGCAGUAGCACCACAUGCAAGUUUAGUGAUCUACUGUGUGGACUCACAUACAGCAUCAGCGUGACUGCCUCCGACCAUGUGUGUACCAGCGCACCAAGUCAUAGUGUACAGUUGGACACAGUUCCAUGUGAGCCACAUGGAAUCAUUGCUCAAAUGGAGUGUAGCAGCCACACAGGUGUAGUGUCCUGGGAACAUGGAGAGCAUGUCGCCUCCUACUUGGUCCAAGCAUCCAGUCCAGAUGGGCACCAAACAUAUUGUAGCAGCUCCACCACCAGCUGCAGAUUGGCUAGCUUGCAUUGUGGCCAAGCCUACAACCUCACACUCACCGCCCAGGACAGCCACUGCAACAGCCAAAAUGCUUUUUCACAGUUACAGUCAGUUCCAUGUGUACCUACCAAUGUGCAGGCAUCUCUUGUUUGCUUGUCUAACUCUGCGGCUGCAACGUGGCAAAGUGUCAGUGGGGCACUGUUCUACCAGGCUAAGGGUAUCACUGUAGAUGGUGCCCAUACAGCCUACUGCAAUAGCAGCUUGCAACAGUGUAACCUGAAGCAUCUGCUGUGCGGGCAGGUUUAUAAUGUGUCUGUGCUGUCUAUAGACCACACAUGCAGCAGCGAAGAGAGUUUGUUCACACAAGUGCAUACUGCGCCCUGUCCUCCUCAGACGGUUGAUGUUAAGAUGAGCUGCUCUGCUGGCUCAAUGACUGUCACAUGGCCAGCCAAUCCAGAUGCAGAAUCUUUCCAUGUGAGGGCAGAAACCAGUGGAGGAUCUUUCCUGUCAUGUAAUUCCACUAGCACCAGCUGUUCAUUCAGUGGCUUGCCAUGCGGACAGUCAUAUUCUGUCACUGUAGCAUCUGUCAGGAGUGGCUGUGAGAGCCAGCCCAGCACAGCUGUUAAUGUCAGCUCAGCUCCUUGUGUUCCUCAAGGAGAGACAGGAAACCUGGACUGCGUUACCAACUCAGCUUGGGUGACUUGGCUACAAGCAAAGGGGGCAGAGUCUUACUCUGUACUGGCAGUGGAGAGGGGCGGAAGCAACAGCAGCUGCUCAGGUACAGAGCUGCACUGCAAUGUUCCCGACCUGCUGUGUGGAGCCACGUACACCUUCCACAUUACUGCGGUGAAUUCAUUCUGCAGAAGCGGACCCGGCAAUGCCUUCCAAAUUCAAACAGCUCCCUGUGCCCUCACCUCCAUCACUGCACACACGGACUGUUACAGCAGCCAUAUCACAGUUAGCUGGCAGUUGAAUGAGGGGUCUUCCUUCUAUGUGGCCACAGCUGAAGGUCAUGACCAAAGCGUUUUAAUAUGCAACAGCACUGGCACGUCCUGUGACCUCUCUGGAGUGAAGUGUGGAAUGCAGUACACCAUUAUAAUUUCUGCAUCUUCUGACAAAUGCAGCAGCUUGCGGAGUCCGCCUCUUAAGAUGCACACAGCACCUUGUGCUCCUCAGAAUAUAACAGUGAGCCCAGUGUGUGACUCGAAUGGCAUGACGGCAACAUGGUCACCCUCUCUGGUGGCUGAGUCAUACUCACUCACGGCCAGCAGUAGAGAUGGAGAUAUUCGCACCUGCAGAAGCACCACGAACAACUGCACCCUGCUUCACCUGCACUGCGGACAGAUUUAUGACUUUAACAUAACUGCUUCGGCUGGAAACUGCACCAGCCCGGCCAGUCAGCAGGUCACCUUCUAUACUGUGCCCUGUGAGCCACAGAACAUGACUGUGGAAGUGCAGUGUGACACCAGGACUGCCACACUUUCCUGGGUGGAGGGCCAAGGUUCGCUACAGUACUUCACAAUGGCUCACACCAUGGAUGGGCACACGCUACUCUGUGACACCACAAGCACGUCCUGUAGCAUUCAUGGACUGACUUGUGGGAAGUUGUACAACUUCAGUGCACUGGCUUCAGAUGGAACCUGCAACAGCUCACUCACUGUGCCAAUUCAGAGAGGAGCAGUCCCAUGUCCUCCUGCCACUGUGAGGGUGAGGACUCAUGUGAUGGUUGAUGCCACUCUAAUCAGGGUCUCCUGGAAUUUUGUGAACUGUCCCGACGUCACAUACCUGGUACAGGUGACCGGCAAUAUCCAGGACAACACACAGUCCGUUAUGGACAUGUCAUCCUACUGGACAGACAUCAACUACUUUGAGUUUCCUGUUCCCUGUAGCACCACUUACAGUGUGACAGUGUUUUCACAAAACUCAGCUGGGAUCAGCAAACCAUCUCAGGCUGUUACUGGUGUCACAGUGCCCUGUCCACCAAUGAAUGUCACCUUCACAGGUGACAGUUCCUCUGCCACAGUGGCCUGGAAGUCCUCAGCUCUUACCACAGGAUACAGGGUUUACCAGCUGAGCUCUGAUGGCAGGGUGCCUGUCUGUCUCACCUCAAACCUCAGCUGUCAGGUCUUUGGCCUGCAGGCCUCAAAUGUUGCUGUGACAGCCUGGAAUGGUGCAGGAGAGAGUCUGGCAUCUAGAAUAGCUACUGGUCAAACCUCAAACCGUCGGAAGAGAAAUGUGGAAUUUGCAAAGAUAUAUGCAUCACUGACCCCUGAGGAGCUGGCCGUCCCUGAGGUGAAGGUUGCUGUGACACUACAGUCACUACAGGUCGAGUGGUCCCGGGUGACAGGGGCGGAGUCCUACACUCUGAUUGUAUAUGAGGACACCGAAGAACAGCCGAAGGAGGUUGUGUCCGUGUACAGGACUGAGAUUGCUACAGUUACUGACCUAGAACCUGCAACACUUUACUGCAUCAUCGUGUCUGCCAAAAACGACAACAUCCAGAGCGCCUAUUCCCAGCCUGUGUGUGUCACUACUCAUGCCUCUGAGUAAACGGGCUUCCUGCAGGGUGGACUGUACAAGACUGUAGAUACAAAACCAACUGAAGUGGUGUCGAGUUCUCUGAACUAGCUCUUCUCUUUCUGAUAUUCAAUAAUUGUUACUAAAAAUCAGCCUAUUUGUCCUAUCAGGAAAUCUAAACAAAUAUAAUUCAAAAUUAUUGACUGAUUGUGUCUCCUUAAACUAAUCCUUUUCUAAUGAACCCAAUCAUAAUAAAACAAAUUACUGAAUUUCUGUGAUGCAAUAUCUAAUAUAUAAUCAUUCUGUUGAUUGAAAAACAUAGGCAAGGUCACUUAAAAUGAAGACUAGAUAUGAAGAAAUUAUACAUUGAUUGAUCAUAGAAACAUGCUAUACUGUAACACAUAGUUUUUAAAGAGUUUUAUGUAUUUAUCUUAAAAAGCUUUAAUUUUUCUGUAACCAGGUCAUAACAUGAUUCAAUCAAGAAUGUUUUUGUAGUUAGAUCAAAUAAAUAGUUAAUUUAUCAAGCACUAUUUUUAAACCAUACAUUGUAUUUUCUGAUGUAUAUGUGGGUUUGUUAACAAUCUGAAAUAGUACUUUUAUACAUAAAACCAUAUGAAAGAAUUAAAGCCUGUGAAUGAAAACUUCAAACAUGAAAUGAAAACUUCACAAGAUAUGUGCUAAUAAUUUGAAUCUUCAUCUUUUCUUAUAAUCGCCUAGCAUAAUGCAACACGCUUUUCUUCUAAAAACGAUGUUGCAUGACUUUCAAUCUGAAAUCAAAAUUUUUACCCUAGCCACAAAGUCCUAGAAGCAUGAGAUUGUGAUGCAAUUGAAAUUAAAUAUUAAAUAAAAUAAAAAUGUACAUUUAAAAAAAA